AUGCGUCUAGUCAAUGUAUGUGAUGGUUCUAAGUUGAGACUAACGAGGUAUGCUGCUCAAAUAACUGAAGGUCAUUUUCUUAAACUAGGUAGUGACACUACCUUGCCCACUAUUCACGAAUCUGGCAACCAUCUUCCGAGCUGCCGACUAGAUGAACGCUCCACACAUGAGAGCACGUUGAGCCUGGAUCAGCCUAAUCAGGGAUCAAUCCCGUCCUCUGGAGACAAUCCGUUGCCCUCUCCUCGAGAUUCUUUGCAGAUAGACUGUUGGACCUUUGAAGGUCGAGCUUUUCCUCUCCAAACUCCAAGGAUAUCAUAUCCCUUCCUGGAGUUGGCGCCUGCCCUCUGGCAUAUCUAUACAGACAAUGUCGCUCCACUCUUGCCUUUGCUCCAAAGACCAAGCACGAGGAACUUGCUCUUGCUGGGAACACAAUCCAAACAAUCAAUGACACAGAAUAAGAAAGCGUUAAUUCUCUCAAUACUCUUUGUUGCUGUGGUCAGCAUGUCCCCGGCGAAAUGUGGCAUGGUGCUUAAAGAAAGCCGUGACAGUGUGGUGCGGUACCUGAAGAGCGAAGUAAAACAGGCGUUAUCAGACGCGAGGUUUCUCACUACUACGAGUCUCACAUGCAUGCAAGGUCUUGUGCUCUUUCUGAUCGGAUUGUAUGCAGAGAACGAACAGCACGAUUUCUGGUCUAUGACAGCACUUGUCCUACAUCGCGCUAAAGGAAUGAAUGUGCAUAGGGAUGGAGCUCACUUUGGAUUGACUCCAUUACGUGCCGAAAUGCGCCGACGUUUAUGGUGGAUGAUAUGCUUGUUGGGUGUUUACUCCUGCGAGGACCAUGCAAGAGAGACUAGAAUUAACGAAGAGAUGUAUGAUGUGCGACUUCCCUUAAACGUCAAUGACGACGACCUAUUCCCUGGAAUGCAGGCGCUUCCACCAGAGCGAAAGGGAGGAACAGAGUUGACUUUCUGUUUAUUGCGCUUCGAGACGAUUAGUAUCCUUCACUCAGCCAGCUCUACACCUGGGUCCUCAUUUAACGAUAUAAAGGAAGUUUCGAACGACGACCGCCUCUGUAAAGUCCAGAAAAUUCGUCAGUAUCUGGACGAAACAUAUCUCAAGCACUGCGAUCAGAAUAUACCUAUUUUCUGGGUUGGCGCUGCUGUGACUCGUCUAAUUAUGGCCAAGGCCUGUCUAUCUGCGUACCAUCAAAUACUCGACUUGGACAAUGGAACCCCCCAGCCUCCACUUAUUGGAGAGAAACUGAUCCAGCUUGCAGUUGAGAUGCUUCAGCUGGAUUACCAACUUCGCGACCACCCAGUAAUCUUCCAAUGGGGGUGGCACCUGAGGUCUUGCACGCAAUGGCAUGGGAUGGCUGUCGCAUUAUCAGCACAGUAUUUGUAUCCAGCUAGCUCUGUCAGCGCAGGCCAUGCGUCGCAGUUAGCGAUGUUAGAAAGACAAGAUAGUCUCGAGUAUGUGCAAUGUUGCUGUUCCUAG